AUGCGUCUCCUCUCAUUCGCGCUCCUGGGGUGUUCGAGUCUCCCACUUAUCGCGGCUCAAGCUGGCGGGGGUGUAGGCCUCCUUAUCUCGACCGCUGAGGGACCUGUCUUGGGCAAUCGUCCAGUUCCAAGGGUCCGUCGAUGGCUCGGAAUCCCAUACGCAUCUGCAGCCCGAUGGCAGCCCCCUGGCCCGGCACCGUCCCAUAGCUCGACCCUCUCUGCCACUUCUUUUGGCAACAGUUGCCCUCAACUCAUUGGUCCAGCAAUUGCCAAAUAUCUUGAGUUCGCUCACCAAGAUGAACCACUCACCGAAGCCGAAGAUUGCCUCACUGUCAACAUUUGGGCACCUGCUAAGUCGCGACCUCAGAAUACUGCCGUUCUUGUCUGGAUGUAUGGCGGUGGCUUCCAAUUUGGAGCGAGUGCACUAUCGGUAUACGACGGUCAGAAGUUUGUCGAGGACAACGACGACAUUAUCGUUGUCAGCUUCAACUACCGAUUGAAUAUCUUUGGGCAGCCUAAUGCUCCCCAACUGGUGUCCCCAACCAACUCGCAGAACUUUGGCUUGCUCGACCAGCGAGCUGCAAUCGAAUGGAUCCAUAACAACAUCGCGGCUUUCGGAGGAGACCCGAAUCGCAUUACACUCGCUGGACAUAGUGCGGGUGGAACGGGAGCUGGCUUGUAUUCUUUGGCUUAUCCGACAGAUACUAUCGUGAAAGGUAUUAUCGAACAAUCCGGAGGGAUCUACGGCGCAGCGGAUCUCGUCUCUCCUACCCUGGAUGAUGCUACAUGGCAUACCGUCGCCGAUGCCGUAGGCUGCGGAAGCUCACCAACGUCCGCCCAGUUCUCUUGUAUGCAAGGAAAGCCAUGGCGUGAUCUCGUGAACGCGGCUAACGAUGCCGGUAUCGUCUUCUUCAAGUUGGUCACAGACGAGCAACUGGUAUUCUCCGACUAUGAAACUCGAAUGGACAAUGGCCAAUUCUUACCUGUCCCUGCUUUGAUCGGAAACGUCGUCAAUGAAGCCAAUGCUCUGACGGUUGCCCUUAAUCUCCUCAUUCGUGGCAAUUCUCCGCCAUUCCUCACCACAGUCAUUGGAGAAAUCAGCAGCCAAGUUGGAGGUACUUGCCCAACAUCAAAGGAAACCCAGCAACGUUUCGAUGCCGGUGUUCCAACCUGGCGAUACAGGUAUCAAGCUGUCUUCCCCGGUAUCUCUGUUCGCUCAGAUCUCGGUGCCUUCCACGGUUCAGACAUCCCCAUAGCAUUUGGAACGUAUCGUUCCAUCGACCCCAACCCCACAUCCACACAAAUUGGCCUGUCACAGACUUUCCAGAAAGCUUGGGUUGCAUUCGUCAGGAACCCUGCAUCGGGGCUGACGACGUACGGGUGGCCACAAUACAAUCCCUCCACUGACACUCUGAUACAGUUGGGUGACCGACAGAAUUUGAGUGGUGCUUCCUUCGGCUCACCUCAUCUCCUGGAUGCCACUUGUGCUGAUCUCCCUGCUCUUAUGGACCUCAACGCUCAGUUCAAUGCCUUGCUGGCUGGGGUAUAA